UUUGAAAUGUUUCAAAUGACUUCCGGUUAUCUUCACACAAAGGCAGGCUUGGUUACCUGCAGACACAUUAAUGGCGGAAAAAGGAAAGGGGAAUCGCCACAAUUUCUCUAGAUUUCUCCUUUCCUGUCUUCGUGGUCUUGGUUGAAAUGCUGGCGAAUGUUUCAUGUAGCCUCUUAGUUACUUGUUAUGCCCAUUAAGCUGCUAGGAUGGCGGCUAUUUAUGGCUUUUUAUUGGCGUGUUUUUGUUCUAUUGAUUUGUGGAUGUUAUAGCAAUAAUGGAAUCGUACACAACAGAACGACAAACUCAAUGGAUUAUUCUUCAUCGUGGGCCAUUCGAAUACCACUGGUUCAUUUUUCUAAUUUACCUGAUCUCCAUGCGCUAGCAGACCGCAUCGCGGACGAGGCAGGCCUCGUAAAUCGCGGGCAAAUUGGAGGUCUCAAAGGACAUUACCUGUACAUACAUAAUAAUACUUUCUUCAAUCAAAGCGGAAUCAAAGAACACGUUCUUGGAAAAAUGCAGAAUAGCAUUACGGAACUUUUAGCCAAACAUCCAAGUAUUGAAUGGUCAAGACAAGAAGUAGUUCGAAUGCGUUAUAAGCGAAGCCUACAAUUUAAGGAUCAGUAUUUUCCAAGCCAAUGGCACUUGGACAAUUUACGAUUCAUAGGACAUGAUAUCAAUGUUACUGGUGUCUGGGAAAAUAAUAUCACAGGACGUGGAAUAGUUGUAUCUGUUAUUGACGAUGGUGUGGAAUGGACCAAUCCUGAUAUUCUUGACAAUUAUAGUUCAGAAGGCAGCUGGGAUAUCAACUCCAAUGAUGAUGAUCCAAUGCCAAGAGCAGAUGAGGCUGGCUUAAAUCAUCAUGGAACCAGGUGUGCUGGUGAGAUUGCUGCUGUGCCAAACACAUACUGUGCUGUAGGUGUUGCUUAUGGGGCAAAAGUAUCAGGUGUACGAAUUCUUGACGGUCCAAUGACGGACAGCCUUGAGGCUAUGGCAUUCAACAGUAAGAUGCACAUUAAUGACAUAUAUAGCUGCAGUUGGGGGCCUGAUGAUAAUGGAAAAACUGUUGAUGGACCUCAUCAAUUGGCACAGGCUGCUCUCGCUCAUGGUGUUUUAGCUGGUAGGAAAGGUUACGGCAGUAUUUUUGUUGUGGCAUCUGGCAACGGAGGACAUUUCAAAGACAACUGUAACUUUGAUGGAUAUGCCAACUCCAUUUACACUGUUACAAUAGGUGCUGUGGACGAGUUAGGAGAUAUGCCAUAUUAUGCAGAACAUUGUGCUGCUAUGUUGGCAGUCACUUACAGCAGUGGACAAGGCAUGCAGAGGAACAUAGUGACAACUGAUUGGCGCUUAGGGACUGGCACGGGUUGCACAGACAAACAUACGGGAACCUCGGCUGCGGCGCCCUUAGCGGCUGGAAUGAUCGCCCUCAUGUUACAAGCAAGACCAUGUUUGUCAUGGAGAGAUGUCCAACAUAUUAUUGCCAUUACUGCUGUCAAGCACGAUGUGGACGACAGUGAUUAUUAUACAAAUGGAGCCAAGUAUCACCAUAGCCACAAGUAUGGAUUCGGUCUUCUGGACUCUUGGCGACUGGUCAACACAGCUAAGGUAUGGAAGGCAGUGCCCUGGAUGACAUCUUGGUCAACACCCAUUAUUCAUGUUGGAAAACAGAUCCCGACAUCAACCAAUCAACUGAUAGAAAAGUACUACGUGUCUAAAGACAACGUCGGAGAGGUGGUUACUUUAGAACACGUCACCGUCACAGUGAAUCUCAAGCAUCGGCAUCGUGGAAACUUAAUGGUCAGUUUAGUGUCCGCUGAAGGAACGACAUCCAAACUGGCAACAGCAAGACAACACGAUAGAUCUUCGGAUGGUUUCGUAGACUGGACGUUUUCCACUGUUCGAUGCUGGGGCGAAAAACCACAAGGAACUUGGCAGCUGAUCGUUAUUGAUAAUGGUUUUGAUCACAGCCGAGGUUUCCUGAAGGAUUGGAAGUUGACUUUCUACGGUUCUUCCAUGACACCAGAAGAGAUACAGAAGAGACAGAGGUAA